CCGGCGCGCCCGCCAUGGCGGCGCCCAGCGUGUUCCUGCUGGCCGUGAGCGGCGAGAUCGAGAGCGGGGAGUUCCCGGGAUUCGAUGACCUCUACUGCAAGUUCUCCUUUGUCUACGGCCAGGACUGGGUCCCCACGGCGGGCCUGGAGGAGGGAAUCUCGCAGAUCACCUCCAAGAGCAGCGUCUCGCCCACCACGCUGGUCUGGAACUUCCCCAUCGACAUCACCUUCAAGAGCACCAACCCCUUUGGCUGGCCCCAGAUUGUGCUCAGUGUCUACGGGCCUGACUUCUUUGGCCACGAUGUGGUCAGGGGUUAUGGAGCUGUGCAUGUGCCCUUCGUGCCAGGCAGGCACAAAAGAACCAUUGCCAUGUUUGUCCCAGAGUCCACCUCGAGGCUGCAGCAGCUCACCAGCUGGUUCACAGGGAGGCGCCCGGAAUUCACCGACCCCAAGGUGGUGGCGCAGGGAGAGGGAAGGGAAGUGACCAGGGUGCGCUCCCAGGGCUUUGUCACCAUUUCCUUCAACGUGAUCACCAAGGACCUGCACAAGCUGGGCUACGACGUGGGCCAGGGCCAGAGCACCGGGCCCCAGGGGCUGCAGGGCCUCUGAACCCCCCCAGAGCCCCCCAAACCCCAGGGGCUGCAGGGCCUCUGAGCCCCCAAACCCCAGGGGCUGCAGGGCCUCUGAGCCCCCAAACCCCAGGGGCUGCAGGGCCUCUAAGACCCCCAAAGCCCUGGGGCAGCACAGGGGCUGCAAGGGCUCUGAACCACCCAGAGCCUCAGGGGCUGCAGGGCUUCUGAACCCCCCCAAAUCCCCUGGACCCCAGCGGCUGCAGGACCUCUGAACCCCCCAGGGGCUGCAGGGCUUCUGAGCCCCCCAAACCCCAGGGGCUACAGGGCCUGUGAGACCCCCAAACCUCCAGGGGCUGCAGGGCCUCUGAGCCCCCCAACUCCCCUGGACCCCAGGGGCUGCACAGCCUCUGAGCCCCCCAGAGGGGCUACAUGACUCCUGAGCCCCCCAAAUCCACAGGGCCUGCACAGCUUCUGAGCCCCCCAAACCCCAGGAGCUGCACGGCCUCUGAGCCCCCCAAAUCUCCUGGGCCCCAGGGGCUUCAUGGCCUCUGAGCCCCCCAAAUCCCCUACACGGCCUCUGAGCCCCCCAAAGCCCCUGCACAGCCUCUGAGCCCCCC